AUGAAGAAGUUCGCCUUUCUCGCGUCGCUUUGCGGCCUUCUGUCUGCCGUUGCGGCUGUGACUCCCGUUGAGGUCCAGGGCUCGCAGUUUGUGAACCCGAAGACCAAGGCCCGUUUCCAGAUGAUUGGCGUCGACUAUCAACCCGGUGGUUCGUCUGGAUAUAAGCCGGAAAGCGGCAAGGACCCUUUAUCCAACGCCGAUGACUGUCUGCGAGACGCCAUUCUCCUCCAGCGCCUUGGUGUUAACACCAUCCGCAUCUACAAUCUUGACCCUUCGCUGAACCACGACGAAUGUGUCUCCAUCUUCAAUGCAGCUGGUAUCUACCUCCUGCUUGAUGUCAGUACUCCAAUCUACGGAGAAUACCUGAACCGUGCCGAACCAGGCCCUUCCUACACCAAGCAAUUCUUGACCCGUAUCUUCUCCAUGGUUGAAGCCUUCAAAGACUACCCCAAUCUUCUCGGUUUCUUUGGUGGUAACGAGGUCAUCAACGAAGAUGCUGCAAAGGAUGUUCCUGCUUAUAUUAGAGCUAUCCAGCGUGAUCUCAAGGACUACAUUGCUGCUCAUGCCAGCCGCAAGAUCCCUGUCGGGUACUCUGCUGCUGAUGUCCGUGAUAUACUAAAGGACUCUUGGAACUAUGUUACCUGCGACUCCUCUGAAGCCCCUUCUUCCAAUGCUGACUUCUUCGGUGUCAACUCUUAUUCCUGGUGCGGCGAUUCAAGCUACACUAAGAGCGGGUACGACAAGUUGGUAGAGAUCUUCUCAACGACCUCUGUCCCCGUUUUCUUCUCCGAGUAUGGCUGCAAUGAAGUGAAACCACGUAUCUUUACCGAAGUUCAAGCUGUGUACGGCCCAGAAAUGACCAAGGCCAUGUGCGGUGGCCUGAUCUACGAAUACUCCCAGGAAGACAACGAGUAUGGCCUAGUAAAACUUGGUGGAAAGGACAACACUACUCUCCUUGUUGACUAUGACAACCUGUACGGCCAGUUCAAGAAACUUGACAUCAAGAAACUCCAGUCUCUCGACCCAAGCACUACUACCGUCAAGCCACCGACCUGCAAAUCCAGCUUAAUCACUUCGGGCAACUUCCACAAGAAGUUCACCAUUCCAAAGAGGCCCUCUGGCGUCAAUGACCUUAUCAAGGACGGCAUCAAGAACCCUCCAAAGGGUAAGCUUGUUGAGGUCAAAAAGACCAAGACAGACACCAAGGUUUUCACCAAGGAUGGAAAGAUUCUCAGCAAUCUGGAGCUCAAGCUUCUGGAAGAUGACCAGGCUAACGUUCCUGGAGAGAACACAUCCGGCACUCCUACCGAAGACCCCAACGCCCCAGGCAGCUCCAAGCCUCCUCAUUCUGGUGCUGGAACAAACAUUUUCAAUUCCCACCUCACCUACAUCGUAGCUGGUAUUGUUGCGCUGGGACAGAUUGUUGUAUAA